AUGCAAUUGACCAGGGACGACAUUGCUGAUCAGGUGUUGGACACAGCUCUGACCAUAGUCACGGCUCAGGGUUGGCAACUAGAGGCAGUGGACGGCAAGGCCCUAUUGGAAGAGGUGCAGAAGAUUCUGCCGGACGGCGAGGUCUCUGUGCCAAACUUGGCUGUGCUGAGGAAAGUGCUUUCAGGAGUGCAGAAGGAAGAACUUCCAAAGUCGGAUGCCGAAACGAUCUUUGUUUUGGAUGCGGAGAAGGUGAACCUCUCUCGCGCCUUACAGAUCCUUGGGGACGACCCGCAUGAGGUGCGACAGCGAUUUCAACUGCCUCCACCUGUGGCACGACCGGCGGGGCCGAAACGUCCACGCUUGGCAGCACCGGUGCAAGGAUCUGCAUUGCAAGUGGAUGAGUUUCUGCAAGUCUUCAAGGACUUGACAAGUUCUGACAUGAACAAAGAGAGCCUGUUAGAGAUGCUGGCAACAAGAGCCUAUGUGGAUGAGUUUGAGGGCACCAUCCAUGCGAUGGAUGCGACGCUGUUGCCCAGAGAUCCCUUAGAGCGUCUCAAACAGCUCUUCGAAUUGCAAUCCCACUGGCGGCCUGAGAGACUGAACAGUCUCAUGGCUACCUCCUUGGCGGGGCAGAAGGUAGAAGCAUGGUUGGGGAAGCAUGCUCGCCAGGUUUACAUGGAGUUCACCCCUGGGGAAGAGGUCAGAAUGAUGACCAAAAAGUUUGCCUGAGCUGAUUGGGGCUCUGACAGCAGAGCAUCACAGCCGGGCAAAAAGAUGCAAAAAGCGCCCAGCUUUGCCCGGCUUUGCCCACUGCUCCAUGGGAUCCAACAUGACGUGAACCUCGGGAUUCGCUCCACAUUGGGAGGCC